AUCUUGGCGAAGCCUAUGCGCAGACUUCGUGACACGUAUAUUCAAGAUGGCGGCUGUUUAUUUGUGAUGUUGGCAAUCUGAAAAAAAGGGAAAUUCAAAUGUUUUUACUCAGAGAAUAAUAUCACCUGUGAUAUCGCUGCAAUACAUAUCUGUACCAGGUGAGGUUGUACUUGGGAAUGUUCCAGCCGUAAGAUGUCCUGGUUCUCUGAGCUAGCAGUGAAGGCUGAAUCCCUUCUGGAGAAAGUUGAUAAUACCGCAGCAAAUGUUCUCACCAAAGAGGAGCAACAAGGGUAUUUUAGGAAUAUCCCUCUAGAUGUCCCUGAGUCUGGCGAUGAAGGUGUAUCACAGCCACCAGCAGAUUUGAGUUCCUCAUCCACUAGGGUCAAAGACACAAGUCAGAUAGGGCCAUCUGCACCUACAAGGCCACGCCUCCCUGUUUCAACCCCAAGGCAGCCACCACCCAAGCCUAGAGAAAAGACAGAUGAUCUGUUGUUUGAAUUUCUAAACAGCAAUGCUCCGUCUGCCAAGGAAAAAAAGCGUUCCUCUUUGGAUAGUCCAAACUCGAUAAGAAAGUCUAUUGAGUCUCCUUCACAGACGUCUAUAGACAGUAGGGAUGGUGAUGAGCAUGUAGUUACUGAAACAAGCACUCCUGCAGACAUAUCUUUAAGAAGCACCCCAGAGCCCAGUCAUCCAACUCCACCCUCCACCCUUAAUAUUGACCCCACCCAUGAGCCCCCAUCUCAGACAAUGGAACAUGAAUCACCCAAUCAAGCAGCACCUGCCGUCCACCAUCCUGGUAAUGACAGGGUGUCGAACCUUGAGUUGGAGAACAAGCUAUUGAGGAAAGAGGUGUCGUCACUCAAUGAAGAAAUGGUUUCACAACUGCAGAGAGCUAAGGAUGCAGAAAAACGAGCACAAGAAACAGAUCGGCACCUUGACCAUGCUCAACAACAGCUGUCAAUCAACGAGGGCAUCAUUCGACAGCUGCGUCAAGCAGAGGAUGACUUCAAUGAGGCAUUAUCUGCUAAGGACUCACAGCUGGCUGUGUUGAGAGUACGAAUUCAGGAAGUAGACCAAGAACUGCAAAUCACCAAACAUGCUCUUCAGGAGCACCAACUUGAUCGUGAAAGGCUCCUUCAAGACCAUACAGACUCUGCUGGUGUGCAUAGCCAUGCUCUUGAUGUUAUGAAAGAAAGACUAGAGGACGCAGAACGCAAGCUGGCGAUGGAACUAGAGGCACGACACAAUGUGCAGCAAGAGUCCAUGGAUAGGCAGAACAGACUUGAGCAAGAACAACAAUCAAUGGCGGAAUCCAUGAAAACACUACAGAAGAAAGUCCAGGAAGAGAAAAAUAAAGCAAGUGAGCAAACUGCAGCAUUGAAGAUGGCAAAAGCCAAUCUUGAAGCUGCAAGACAAGAAAUGAAGGACUACAAAGAGAAAGCUGGAAGAAUUUUACAGGCCAAGGAUAAAGUGAUCAGCACCUUGCGCGAGGGUAAGCAAGGUGACGAAUCCAUGGGUGCCGUGACAUCAGCAGAAUUUGAUGAGGUUUGCCAAGAACGGGAUGCCCUAAAAGAAGAAUUGAAUCAAACGCGGUACCGCAUGGAGCAGGUUAAGACAGACCUACAGGAUGCAGAGCAACACCAGCAAGCAGAGGCUGAUAUAGCACAGGAGAAGGUGGAAGGCCUAGAGAGUGCACUAGAUGAGGAGCGCAAGAGACGAGAGGCGUGUGAGCAGGAAAUAAGACAACAUAUGGAGGAUCUGCGCUUCUCUCAGAGUGAGCUCCAACGAUCAAAGACCAGCCUUAUGAAUCAGAUCCAGGAACGAGAAACAGAAAUCCAGCGAUUGAAAAACCAGAUUGCUACUAAAGCACUGACGUCAACAAGCGAGGCUGAGCUGGAGAACAGAGUACGUGCGCUGACAGAGAACUUGAUCCAAAAGCAGACAGUCAUCGAGGCGCUCAGCACCGAAAAGAACUCCCUUGUGCUACAGUUAGAGCGACUAGAGCAGCAGUAUCGGGACGUGCAGGCUUCAGCGAACAGACACAUGAAUGCAACAGCCAUGCAUAUGGGAGAUGCCGACGACAGUGACGACAACACACUGUCUCGAGUGAAGUCGAUAGCAUCGGUUAUGCCAUCACAAAUAAACGAUUCGCGAAGAGUCAAGCGAGCCGUCAACGAGAUCGACAAGUGCAGUAUCCGUCUUGGUUUAUUCCUAAGAAGGUACCCCAUCGCGAGAUUAUUCGUCAUACUUUACAUGGUCUUGCUUCACGUGUGGGUCCUGGUCGUCCUUAUGACGUACAAACCUGAAAUCCACACAUCAAAUUCUCCCGGACUACCACAGGGACCCCAGUAGCACAAGUGUCAACUAAAUAAGAAACGACUGAAAAACCAAAUUGCAGGGGACCUCCUUCGCGCAAGGAAUGAGAUCAUCCAUCAUGAAAGACAGGAUCAAGAGCCAUGACAAAACCCGAUUAUGUGGGAGCCCACCCACAGUGACUUCGCUAAAUCAGGUGUUUUUCCUGCUCAGGAAAGGGUAAAUGGGUCAGGUGUGAAGAGGGAUGGGCAUUAGCGUCAUACCACAACAAACCCACGACACGUGCGCCCGCUGGGCAAGGAGCGGUUAUUUAGCCUUUUCCAAGUGUGGCAGAUAGCUACGUCUGACACGUCUAAUGAUUUUGUGGAUAGCAUUUUUUGUGAACGCGUACACUUGUUUUCACAAAGAUUUAGAUAUAGGGUAGAAGGGUAAGCUGUGUCAAAAGAGUUGCACGACUUACGCGCAAGCAUUCGGAUGUGCUCACAAUCGGGUAUUUAAAAAUAAUGUAAAAAUAUAAUGGAAAAUAAAUUAUGAUUAUCGACCUUU